AUGAGCUCUGCCGACUCUCUGCGUGAGCGUCCAAAUGGUGUCACUUCGAAUCCCUCCGCCAAAGGGAAAGACGCCAGCCUGAUGCCUCCGACCAAGUCGUUGGUCGGACGAGCGCUAGGGAAUGAGUUGCAUGCCGAUGGUCAUAAGGGUGCAACAGCGUCCAAGGAUGGCGUGGGCUUUGCCCUAACAGACACUCCGGUUUCUACCGCGCCCUCGUCUCCACAAUUUUCGGCGAAUACUACCCAACCGUCCACGCCCAGCCGUGUUCGCGCCACCACUCUUGAUAUCCCCGGUCUCACCAAGUCUAAAGUCUCUCCCGAUGGACGCAUUGCUCAGAGGGACGUUGGCUCCAAGCUGGUCAUUGUCAUGGUCGGCCUCCCUGCGCGGGGAAAGAGCUAUAUCACCAAGAAGCUUGCGCGCUACCUGAAUUGGCUGCAGCAUGACACCGAGAUCUUCAACGUCGGAGAGCGUCGCCGUGUCGCGGCUGGAAAGUCCCCGUCGCCCCCGGGCAGACAUCGCAGCGCGCGGACUAGUUCCAUCCAUAAGGAUCUUGUCGAUUCUGUGCGACGUCUCAGCGUUAGUGUCGGCGGCGCCUUUGGCUCCCCCGCUCACAGAGACAGUGCGCACCUCGAGCCUGCCACAUCUCCGCCGGAACUUGACAACCACUUACCCCCACCGGCGGUCCCAACGAAGAUCCUGAUCAACGGCCGGGAGGAAGAUGACUCCUACCACAAUGGCAGCACCAUCGUGCCCCCCUUCCAUGCGUCGCCCGAAGACCAAAGAGCCAUGGAGGAAGCCGAGUCCAAUGAGCCGCUCGACCAGUCCGCCAGCUUCUUCGACCCGAAGAAUCAGCUCGCCGUGAAGCUCCGCGAACAGGUCGCCCUCGACACCCUGGAUGAGCUGUUAAACUACAUUCUCGAGGAGGGCGGCAGUGUCGGUAUCCUCGACGCCACUAACAGCACAAUGGAGCGCCGGAAGGCGAUUGUGGACCAUAUUCGCCAGCGGGCCGGUCCCGAACUCAACAUUCUCUUCCUCGAAAGUAGCUGUGUCGACCAGGAACUCCUGGAAGCGAAUAUGCGGCUGAAGCUGUCCGGUCCGGACUACAAAGACCAGGACCCAGUCAAAGCCUUGGAGGAUUUCAAGAAGCGGGUGGCUCUGUACGAGAAAUCAUACGUGCCCCUUGGUGAGUACGAGGAACGCAACAACAUGGCGUACAUCCAGAUGAUCGAUGUCGGACGGAAGGUAGUGUCGCACCAGACGCACGGUUUCCUCUCGAGUCAGGUUGUGUACUACCUCCUCAACUUCAACCUCUCACCCCGUCAGAUCUGGAUCACCCGGCACGGUGAGAGCAAGGACAACCAGUCGGGACGCAUCGGAGGUGAUUCGGACCUCAGCGAGAACGGCCACCGUUAUGCCAAGGCGCUGGCCCGGUUCAUCGACGAACAGCGGAAGCUGUGGGAAUCGCUGCAACGCCAGAAAGACAUCAUGCAACAGUUCCCGCCCCGUCCUGGCGACAGCACACCGCCCAACCCGUCGUACGUGCCGCGCGACCGACCCCGCAACUUCUGCGUGUGGUCGUCGAUGAUGAAGCGCUCCAUCCAGACGGUGGACUACUACAACGAGGAGGACUACGACGUCAAGCAGAUGAAGAUGCUUGAUGAGCUACACGCGGGUAAGAUGGAAGGCAUGACCUAUGAGGAGAUCCGCGAGAAGUACCCCGACGAUUACGCCACCCGCAAGAAGGACAAGCUGUACUACCGAUACCCCGGCCCCGGCGGCGAAGGGUAUCUGGACGUGAUCAACCGGCUGCGCGCGGUGAUUGUCGAGGUGGAACGGAUGACGGACCACGUCCUGCUGGUCACGCACCGCGCGGUGGCCCGCGUGCUCCUGGCCUACUUCCUCGGCCUCAAGCGCAACGAAGUCGCCGACCUGGACGUCCCGCUGGGCAUGCUGUACAUGCUCGAGCCCAAGCCGUACGGGGUGGAGUUCAAGGCGUACCGCUACAACCCGGAGACCGAUUGGUUCGACCAUAUUCCCGACUUCAAACUCCGCCAGGCGACGAUGAACUAG